UUUCCUCGCGAGUAGCGCGCGCUCUUGGGUUCGUGUGUGUUUGGAGGGUUGGACAUUUUGUUGUGCCAUUUGAUUGACAUUUGGCAGUGAUUUACUCGACACCUUUUUCGACCAAGUGGACACUGAGUAUAUUACAAUCCUGUUGACAGCAUCGGUGGUGUUAAGGUUGCUGCACAUUACUCCAUUUCACCAGAGGCACGCAGUUAGCAAGGGGCCUGCACUUUUUGCCAACCACACCUUUUGCGUUCGCUUUCCACAACAAUGUUUUAUACCGAAACAUUACUCUCGAAAAAGGGUAAGCUGGCCAAAGUUUGGCUGGCUGCCAACUGGGAGCGCAAGUUGAGCAAAUCCCAGUUUUUGCAGACGAAUAUCGAGGCCGCUGUUCACUCAAUUAUCGAAACCGGCCAGCAGCCCUUGGCAUUGCGUUUGUCUGGACAAUUGCUUCUGGGAGUUGUUCGAAUUUACUCGAGAAAGGCACGAUAUUUGCUCGAGGAUUGCACAGAAGCACUGGUCAAGAUCAAAAUGGCCUUUCGUCCUGGGGUUGUGGAUAUGCCUGGCGAUCACGCUGUGGCCAACGUUAAUGCCAUUACCCUAGGAGAUGCAUUGACAGAGUUUGAUAUUUUGAUUCCUGAACCUUCCCUUGAUUUAAGAAUGUUUGCCCAACCUCUCCCCGAAACCCGACCGAGUCAAACCGUAUCUAGAACCCAAGACAUUACACUGGCGGAGCCCUCUCAAAAACUCUUCCUAGCGGCGCACGAAGAAUUGCAGGAAUUGUUUGGAAUAGAGCUACCUUCUCACGCUCCAGAAAUGGAAGGCUGGCAGCUCGAUUUAGGCUUGGGCGAAGAAGAAAUGGCUGCCCCAGCAGCUGGUCCACUCCUGGCAGAGGAGUCUAUUGAAAUUGAGCGUGCUCGUGAAGCAGCAGCCGAAUUGCCGUUCUCACCGCGACGCGAGAGUAUUUCAAUAUCAAUUGAAGAGGCAAUCAGCGGGGAGAAGGAGGCUCCUACUCCUACAGCGCCUGAAAUCUCCUUUGAUUUGGGGGGUGCCGAACCCAUGGAACUGGUCAUGGCCGGACCCGAAGUGCCAUUCCCAGAGGUUGAACUUCCCCAACUACCCGAAAUUGGAGAAGAAGAGUUUCACGUACCAGAAACUGUGACAGCAAAAGUGCCUACAGCAGAGGCUGAAGAGGAGGUCGCCGCUGCACAGGCUGCCAGAAAGGAAAAGCGCCAUCCAAGCCGAAAGCGUAAAUUGGUGGUGGAUGCUGAAACGGAGCUGUCCUCGCACCGUAUUCAGCGUCAGUUACGUGAUACAUCGGAUAUCACUCAAUCGGAACGCUACGUACCCGCAUCCCGUAGAAUGCAAAGAUUAAUGGACAUUCGGCGCCAAGGAGCGUCAUAUUAUCUGGAGAUGUCGGCCUUUGAUGGCGUAUCCCCCGAAUUGCAUAUUCUCUUUCAGAACAGGUGGCGGGGCUUUAGAAUGCGUCCUAUUACGGAAGUCACGUCCCCCGCGCGCAAAAGGAAGGGGAUAUCGGUGGAGCCUGAGGUGGAAGAGCAAGUGCGUCCUGAAGAGGCCGAAGAGUCAUUCAUCGUCCCACCUGCCGAGGAACUCCCCAUAGUCCCCGAAGAAGAAUAUCAAUACCAAGAAAUCAGCCUGCCUCACAUUGAAGAAUAUUUGACAACUGCUGAACCUAUGCCCGAAUCCCUUGAGCUCCGCGAAGAAGAAGAGAUUUCAGUGGAGCCACCAGAAAAGCGGCGACGAACGGGAGCGUUGGCAGAACUUCCAGAAGAGCUUUCACCGCCAAUUGAAGAAGCGGAGGAAGAGACUCAAUUUGGGUUCAGCAAGAGCACUAUUUCGACCAUUCGGAGUUUGCAGACAGCAUUUGAUGAGGAAGGGGUGGAUUUGUCAUUUAACGCAUUGACUGCCUCGGCGAGACGCACAGAAGCUGCCCGAUUGUUUUUUGAGCUCUUGGUGCUGAAGACUAAGGAUAUUGUGGACGUGGAACAGCAGGAACCGUACGGUGAUAUUGUAAUACAUUCAACGGAGGCACUUUGGCAGCAGAACAUCACCCCCAUUCCAACCAUGUAAACAUAAUUGUUAUGUGAAUUAUUCACAGAUGGGAAUUGUUGAGAAAUGGGGCUAGUUAGACGGGAAGCGUGUUCUGCUUUGCUUUAUCUUUUGUAUCUUUUUUUGUUUAUAGCGACUUCUAAAAAACGAAGCUUGAUUGCGUAAGCGC